AUGGAGGAAUUGGGAAUCAGGAGGGAAGAACCCACAUUUGAUGAGGCGGUUGCCGAAAAGACGGCUGUGCACGAAGCGCUGGGACAAGAAGAGGACACGUUUCUGAGGUACAAGAAGCUAUCUCAGCAUCUCGAGUUCCUCAGCACGAUGGAGGAUUAUGUCGUGAGUAUCGGUGGGGCCAGUGGGGGCGGGAUCCGAUGAUUUGCAGGUUGGGUAGUAGCCUGUUUGCUGACCACCACCCUCACCUCCUCCAUCGCUCGCAGAAAGAUGAGCAACGCAACUUGAAGAGGGAGCUGGUGCGAGCGCAAGAGGAAGUGAAGCGCAUACAAAGCGUGCCGCUCGUCAUUGGUCAAUUUCUCGAACCCAUCGAUCAGCACACUGGCAUCGUCGGAAGCACAACCGGCAGCAAUUACGUCGUCAGGAUCCUCAGCACGCUGGAUAGGGAAUUGCUGAAACCAAGCAGCUCCGUGGCGCUGCACAGACACUCCAAUUCGUUGGUAGACAUUUUGCCUCCAGAGGCUGAUUCGAGCAUCGCGAUGCUAGGCCAGGAUGAGAAGCCGACGGAGACGUAUGCAGACAUUGGUGGAAUGGGUGAGUGGCGAGCUAAAGUGCGGCAGCUCUAUGGGCUCAACUGUCGCUCAUUCUCCUCUCCUCCCUCUCUGCCAACGUAGACAUCCAGAAGCAAGAGAUCCGCGAGGCUGUAGAGUUGCCCCUGGUCCAGUUCGACUUGUACCGACAGAUUGGUAUCGAUCCACCUCGGGGUGUGAGUUGCCCAACCUCGUGCAGUGGCUCCUUGUGGCACCUUUGCUGACUUUAGCGUUGCGCGCAACCUCCAGGUGCUGCUCUAUGGCCCUCCAGGUACGGGCAAAACCAUGCUGGUCAAAGCUGUAGCGAAUGCCACAACAGCAAGCUUUAUCAGGGUCGUCGGCUCAGAAUUCGUUCAAAAGUAUCUUGGAGAGGGUCCAAGGAUGGUUCGCGACGUUUUUAGACUAGCCAGAGAGAAUGCACCGGCCAUCAUCUUUAUUGAUGAGAUCGAUGCCAUUGCGACCAAGCGAUUCGAUGCACAGACUGGCGCUGAUAGAGAAGUACAGCGCAUCCUGCUAGAGCUGCUGAAUCAAAUGGACGGCUUUGAUCAAGGAAGCAAUGUAAAGGUGAGUAGGGGCGCAUUUGUUUGGCUCGCAUGUAAAAGGCCAGCCUUGACCUGAACAGCUCUUAACUUGCGAGCAGGUCAUCAUGGCAACCAACCGAGCAGACACGCUAGACCCAGCACUUUUGCGUCCUGGUCGUCUGGAUCGCAAGGUGCGUGGUGGCGUGGUGGUAUGAACAGAGGGGGGUGAAAGCUUGGCUAAAAAUGCCAGCUGCUUUUCCUCACCCUCUUCCCUCUUUGCAGAUCGAGUUUCCGCUGCCAAACAGGCGGGAGCGGCGAUUGAUCCUGCAAACCAUUACGGGAAAGAUGAAUUUGGCACCGGAUGUGGACAUGGAGGAUUACGUCAGCAGACCCGAAAAGCUUUCGAGCGCAGAACUUAGCAGCUUUGCGCAAGCUGCCGGACUGCAGGCCGUCAGGAGAAACAGGUAUGGUGAGUUUUUCGAUGUUAUGUUUUGAGAGGGACGACGCUUGCAUUGGAGUGCAAGAAGCGUGCACGUGCAUGCCCGAACUCAUGCUGCGACUUUUUUGUCUUUCUGGGGCGCGCGCGGGGACCUUGGCAGUGAUUUUGCCUGCUGACUUUGAAGAGUGAGUUUUUUUGCCCUUUUCUGAUGUGGUGUACGCAAUGCGUGUGCCAUUCGCGCAUGCUGAUGCCGCUUCAUCCGUCAUUCCCCCGCAUCCUACAGAGCGUGGAAGCAAACGGUCAAGAAGGAAGGGGACAACAAGCUGGAAUUCUACGCUUGA